GUUAGUUCAUCCUUUCCUUUGCAGUUUACAGGCGGCUCUGCCAGUUUGUUGUGAUUCGUGCUAGAGUUUCCAAAAAAGACAUCGGUGAAACUCUGCCAAAAUCAAGUAGAACUUGCACUUUCCAGGGUAGUUAGGCGGACGAAAUGGACAUCAAACCAACGGUGCUGUCCAGCCCGAUGCCGCGACCGGCUGCAUCCACUGCAGGUACCAGUUCCGCGAUGCAGCACUCGAAGCUACCACCACAAAGCAGCAUGGUAAUGCAAACACCCAUGCCCACCGGGCCACAGGAAGCAAUAAAUUCUAUACUUGUUAGAAAUUGUGUGGCCACUGUCGGCUUGGGGUGUGAGCUGAACCUUCAGGCAAUCAACUUUCGGUUGCGAAACUCCGAGUACAAUCCGGCUCGGUUUCACGGUGUCGUGAUGCGAAUCCGGGAGCCCCGCUGUACGGCGCUGGUGUUCCGAUCGGGGAAGAUCGUCUGCACCGGGGCUCGUAACGAAGCCGGUGCCUAUCUGGCGGCGCGGAAAUUUGCACGAAUCGUACAAAAACUGGGCUACAACGUGCGCUUCCUGGAGUUCAAAGUGCAGAACCUGGUUGCGACGGUGGAUCUUCGAUUUCCGAUUCGGCUGGAGAACCUGAACCAAGUGCACGGGCAGUUUAGCUCGUACGAGCCGGAACUGUUUCCGGGCUUGAUCUACCGGAUGGUGAAACCAAGGGUGGUUUUGUUGAUUUUCGUCAACGGAAAGAUCGUUUUUACAGGGGCCAAAUCCGAACGGGAGGUUAGCGAUAGUUUGGAGAAUAUUUAUCCAAUUUUGCAGAGUUUCCGAAAGAAUUAGACGUUUUCUUUCCUUAUUUGGAAUCGACAAAUUAAUUUUACAUUUAUCUCAGUAUGUAUAUAGUUUUUUUUAUUACUUGAAUAUUAAGUACCUUUUGAUUGUAUAAUAAAAAGUAUGAAAAUUUCACCCACCAUAGUGAGUACACUA